AUGCCGGGUUCGAACCAAGCCAUUCAAGGUCGUGGAGGCAGGUUUGAUCCCAUGGUUUCCAGCAUAGUCCUGGAAGGGUGUGGUAAUUUUAGGGUGAAGAUAGCGCUUAGUCUAAUCAGCUGUAAAAAACUUGUUUUAAAACGUAUUCGCCACAAAAACGAUAGUCCAGGAGUGGAUGAUGCUGAGGUCUGCUUACUGAAGCUUGCUGAUAAAAUAUCUAAUGGGACAGUAAUAAAAAUAAAUGAUACAGGUACUAUUGUGUCUGUUUCCCCAGGGACUCUGAUUGGAGGCAGUUUUAGUUUCGAAUGUUCAAAUAGUCGGGGUAUCGGUUAUUAUUUGGAAUUCCUACUCAUGGUUGCACCGUUUUGUAAAACUCCUAUUGAAUCAACUUUGGUCGGGGUUUCGAAUGUUCCCCAUGAUCCGUCUGUAGACAUGAUCACACAGUCGUGGUUACCUACCUACCGCAUCUCUGUUGGUUUAAGUGCUGGCGCCUCAACAAAAAUCGAUAUUCAGAAACGUGGUGUAUAUCCUGGUGGCGGGGGUGAAGUAUUGUUCUCUUCCAGGCCUUGUAGUGGUGUUGUUCCAGUUGACAAGAUUGAUGUUGGAAAAGUUUGUAGAGUUCGUGGUAUUGCAUGGAGCUGUCGUGUUAGCUCUUCAUACGGACAAUCCUUAGUGUCUGGUGCGAAAUCAGUUCUCAAUCAAUUUCUAAGUGAUGUAUACUUUACAAUAGAUCAUCGAAAGGGUCAAUAUGCAGGCAAAAGCCCUGGGUUUGGUCUGACUCUAUGGGCGGAACGUAAAGAUGGUGGUGUAUAUUCUGCAGAAGCGAUGUCGGAACCUGAAGGGAGUGAUAACGUACUUAUGGAUGCAGAAACGAUAGGAAAAUUAGCAGCAAACCGACUAUUAGAUCAGAUAUACAGAGGGGGCUUCAUUGAUUCGGGAACCCAGUCGUUGGCUUUCGUUUUAAUGGCUUGUGAAAGUGGACGUAAUGCUAGCCGUCUGGCUGUCGGAAACCUGUCCGAAUAUUCUGUUUGUACAUUAAGACUCAUUCAAAAAUUCCUUGGAGUAACAUUUAAUUUUCAGUACCAAAGCCAAGAUAAUCCUAUCAAAUUAUCUGAAGAGAAUGUGGAAGAGAACGAAAAUGAGACUGAUAUAGAUUCUAAUUCAAAAAUGCUUAUUGCUACUUGUUUCGGUGCUGGUGUACAAAAUAUUAAUAAAUCUAUUAGAUAA